AUGAAUCACGGCGAUAUGUCAAUGGGUUCAAUGUCGAUGGAUCAUCAUAAUACGAACCCGUCUACUGAUCAUGGCGGAGGCGGAGGUGGACAUAAGAAUGGAUUUGACUUCUCAAUAUCAGUCUCUGGUAUACUGUUUGGGGAGUGGUCCACAUCGACUUGGGCCUCCUACAGCAUCGCCUUUGUAUGUGUGAUGAUUGUCAGUGUCCUAUACGAGUUCCUCAACUAUUAUAAACAAAGAUGUUAUAGACAGUUCUCUACUGUUAGCAAAGAAAGUGAACAUAAAGAGCGAUUAAGAUACAAGAUUACAAUGACAACUUUACAUGUGUUGUCAGCUGCGAUACAUUACUGUCUGAUGCUAGUGGUAAUGACCUUUAACUUUGGCCUGGCAAUGGCCGUGCUAAUGGGUGUAGCGGUAGGCUACUCGUUUUUUCUAGAGUACCCAUUCGUACCAUAUAGAAGUGUAGAUACGAUAAAGGUUCAAACAUUAGAGUUUGAUCACUGCGAUACAAAGAUUGUAAGCAACAGAACAUCAAACAGUAUAAUGGUUAACCUUCACGAAGAUAUAGACGAUGAUGACAGUGGACUG